AUGGUCGACCGCUUCCCUCGUGACCCGUCCCUCAGGGGAGGCGAGAAGCUUGAAGGCGCUGUCAAUGGCCGCAAUAUCAGAGUUUUCAGCCAGCCUCGUGAUUCCGCAGCAGCCGCGCAGAGUGGAACCAUAGAUGUACUCAUUCGAGGCCUCUUGCGGGAGGUUGAGCUUGACUUUGAUUUCGGGCCGCAGGAUGUCAUUGAUGGUCUUCCAAUCCGUUUUCGUGAACGUUCCCAUGCGCUGGAGGUGGACCGCAGAGGGGAAGAAAAAAGUUUUUAG